UUAAGGCUCUCACUAGUCUUCAUUGCCCAGCGGGGGUGGUCCUGGGGCCCGGAGACCGGGCACUGACGAAUGGAUCGCCCGUGUUUGUUUUUCAUUUCGUUUCCUUGACAUGCUAAUGAGAAUUCCAUAUUUAUUGGAAUAAAUGAAGCGAUUGGUAAAAUAGUUUAUGUUGUCAUUAGAACAGGACAUAUAUGCUUUAAUGGCUUGUGAUUAGAAUCAAAUUCUGUCUUAAUUAAUUAUGGUAAUUAGUAUUUGACAGAAAAUUUUCGGGAUGCUUCCCCCCUUGUAUAUUUUUAAGCGUUUCUCUCUCUGCUGAGAAUCAUUUCAUUGAUUUUUUUUCCUGUAACAAAGGCAGCUGCUCUUGUCUGGAGCCCAUUGAGUUGGACUUGAUUAGUUCAUAUUUUUCUCCUUUCCAGUGUGAUGGUCUAGUAACACGAGACGUUUAUUUGGAUUUAAAAGUUAAAUGUGUAGGGGUGAAAAGUCACCUUGUUCUCCUCUAGUCCAUCUUCACCUCUCAGCCCUCCAUCUCCAUAAUUCAAGCUCCGAGCUCCAGGGGUCACCCAAAGCCGUCCAUUGCUCUGGAAGCAGUUCUGCCCCUUCUCCCACCCUCUGUCAUACCUUGUAAAUAACAUAAUUACAAGCAGCUCCUUAUUAAAUUAUUUAACCUGUCUUGGUCAACUUUUCCUAUGGUAACUAUUGGCUAUCAGUAAUGAGAUUAAGUGCAGAAAAGCUCUUCGAUGCUUUUUGACACUGUGCAGCCUUUGGCUGGUUUUGUGCUGGGUGGCAUGUCGUUGGGUAGUUGUUUUUAAAGAACCCCCGCCCCCAUUUUCUUAGAUCGUUGGGGGAGGGGCAAGUCCAAUGCCGUAAAUUAAAUCUACUCGGUACGGAUUGAUUUAAAAUAUACUUCCAAGUUGGGCAUCAGCCUUAGAAGUGAAAGUGGCGUCUUGGUUUUUGAUGCUAACUUUUAAGAAUUGGGAGACAAGUAAAAAAACUCCAUGCCGCCUGCAUCCCCGCAGCGUGCUUCCCACUCUCCGCACGGCUAUUAGUUUUCGGGUUUUACUUCCCCUUUAAGAAGUUUGUCCUUACCUAGGCACCAAGCGUGCAGGAUUUCGGUGUCCGCCGCGGCGGAACAGCGUGGUUUUCUACUAGAGUAAAACAGACCUUGACAGGCAAACCACCGUCUUUCUGACAAAGACGGAGGCGGUGCGCCCUCCGUAAUUAUUUCAGUGGGAUUCAGAGAAGCCUCUGGAACUCUGGCUGGUCUUUGACAGGGCGGUUUUAUUUCCUUUGUAUGUAAGGGCUUAAUGUUUUCGGAAAUCGCUGUACUCUAAUUAGGUCGAUGGAAGUAGGCAACGCCAAGUUUCUCUGUUGCAUAGAGAAGGAGGAGGCUUCGUUGUAAGGACACUUUUAUUGUUCAUUUAGCCGGGUGCCUUCGCAGUAUAAACAGGGCUGAAAAUUAAGGCAUUUAAUGCCUUCUCACUGAGUGGGACUGGGGGGAAAAAAAGAGGAAAGAAAUAGACUAGUAACUGAUCAAAGAGUCAAUGGCGCUGAACCGACAGUUUAUGGAUUUCAGUUUGUGCUACAAAAUAAAAAAUAAAUCAAAUAUAAACACGGGAAUCCGCUGGAGGACACUCGGCGCGCUCCGAAGCGCUGGUGCCGCCGCGGCCACGCGCCCUGCAGCCCCAGGCGGCCCUCCGGCCUGCGGUGACACCCGUCACUUCUGUGGCUGGGGCAGGAUCGGGAGGGAGGCUGGAGAGAGGGGCUCUCGGGGACCCUUCUUCUUCCCGGAGGGCAGCCCCGGGCCUUCUCGAGAAAGGGCUUUGUCCGCGGGUAAGUGGAGGAGUGUCGUAAGUGCCGAGGACCUUGGAAGUAAUUUCUAGAUAAUUUUGGGGGGGAGGGGUGGCGGGCGGGAACUGGAGAAGGGACUCCCCUCCCCCUUCCGUGGAAUUUUCUCCGCGAACUUGUGGCUCCUGGCCCCCGCCCCCUGCUCCUCCCCCAUUGACCUUCUCCCCCCCUUUUUUUGCGAGGCCGACGGUGGGGCUGGCUUCGGCCGCCCCCAGCCCCCCGGCUCGGGUACCCGGCGGCGGAGCCGGGCUGAGCGCGGUCGCGAGCGCACCUAGGGCUUCACACCAUCUGGCGGAGCCUCUGCUCAAAACCCACCCGAGCGUGUGCACAGACACUGCCUUUUUACCCGAGAAAAAUCAUUGUUAGCAGUUUCAAAAUAAACACCAGAUUGGCCAUUAGCACUUUCUUUCCAAAUAUCACCCGGCGAGGAGCACGUGGCCGCCCGGCCCAGGCGCCCCGGGGCCCCGAGCACUCCUGCGGGGCGCCCGCCAGGCCCGGCUACGUGCGGCGGCUGCGCCCAGGCUCCGGGACGCGGGGCGGCGCUGGGACCAGGGCGGGCGGCCCACCGCGGGCUCCUGGGCGGGAACGCCGGGAGUGGCCGGGCAGGGCGAGGGCCAGGCCGCCUGCGGCCCCCGCGGCUCUAACGCGCUCCUUUAGCCGCAGCGCGUUCUGAUCGGCCUCUCCCAACACGCGGAUUGGAACCCGGUGUAGACAAUGGCCGGAGGACGUGGCCGGCGGCGGCAGCACCAGGGCCAUCGUCUACGAGGGUCAGGACAAGAACCCGGAGAUGUGCCGCGUGCUGCUGACCCACGAGAUCAUGUGCAGCCGGUGCUGUGACAAGAAAAGUUGUGGCAAUAGAAACGAGACACCCUCAGACCCUGUCAUCAUUGACAGAUUCUUUCUAAAGUUUUUCCUCAAGUGCAAUCAGAACUGUUUGAAGAAUGCAGGCAACCCUCGAGAUAUGCGAAGAUUCCAGGUUGUUGUGUCGACAACAGUCAACGUGGACGGCCACGUGCUGGCCGUGUCUGACAACAUGUUUGUGCACAACAAUUCCAAACAUGGGCGGCGGGCACGCCGCCUAGACCCGUCAGAAGGUACGGCCCCUUCUUAUCUGGAAAAUGCCACUCCGUGCAUCAAGGCCAUCAGUCCCAGUGAAGGCUGGACCACGGGGGGAGCAACUGUGAUCAUAAUCGGAGACAACUUCUUUGAUGGUCUACAAGUUGUGUUUGGAACUAUGUUGGUGUGGAGUGAGCUGAUAACGCCCCACGCCAUCCGAGUCCAGACCCCACCGCGGCACAUUCCUGGAGUGGUUGAAGUCACCCUGUCCUACAAAUCCAAGCAGUUCUGUAAAGGUGCUCCUGGGCGGUUUGUCUACACCGCCCUUAACGAACCAACCAUAGAUUACGGCUUCCAGAGGUUGCAGAAAGUGAUCCCAAGGCAUCCGGGUGAUCCUGAAAGGUUACCCAAGGAAGUAUUACUUAAGAGGGCGGCAGACCUUGUGGAAGCCUUAUACGGGAUGCCCCACAACAACCAGGAGAUCAUCUUGAAGCGAGCAGCUGACAUUGCUGAGGCCUUGUACAGCGUCCCUCGCAAUCACAACCAGAUCCCCACCUUGGGCAACACCCCCGCGCACACCGGCAUGAUGGGCGUGAACUCCUUCAGUAGCCAACUGGCCGUCAACGUCUCAGAGACGUCGCAGGCAAACGACCAAGUCGGCUACAGUCGCAAUACAAGCAGCGUGUCCCCGCGAGGAUACGUGCCCAGCAGUACUCCCCAGCAGUCCAAUUACAACACAGUCAGCACUAGCAUGAAUGGAUAUGGAAGUGGCGCCAUGGCCAAUCUAGGGGUCCCUGGCUCGCCUGGAUUUCUUAAUGGCUCCUCCGCUAACUCUCCCUACGGCAUAGUGCCGUCCAGCCCCACCAUGGCAGCCUCUUCGGUCACCCUCCCUUCAAACUGUAGCGGUGCCCACGGCAUUUUCUCAUUCUCACCUGCCAAUGUCAUCUCCGCAGUGAAACAGAAGAGCGCCUUCGCGCCUGUGGUCCGGCCCCAAGCCUCUCCUCCCCCCUCCUGCACCAGCGCCAACGGGAACGGGCUCCAAGGCUCUCUGCUGGGUGCUGAGGACGUUACCAUGGAGAAGACAAACUGGCCCUUUUGUGAAGUCGGUGGCAUAUUUCACUUUGAUGAACUAAUGCUCAAAAAAGGAACUGGAAAGCUAUGUCUGGGCUGGUAGUCCCACCCAUGUGAGGGACUUUUGUUUACCUUCCGCUCCCAGCAUCCAACGACAGACUUCAGGGGACACGUUUAGUAUAUUAAGACAGGCCGGUGGGGGUCGUACCUUCCGACAUGUCAGCAGCAGUUGAAAUGCUACGAGACUGUGGUUAAAGAUUUUAUUUAAACUGUUAAGAAUCAACACGCAAACAACCUACUUCUUCAUGAACAAUUCCAUUUUAUUGACUGAACUUUUCUCAUAUUUUCACAUUUCUCAGUCCUGAAGAAUAAGGAAAACAAAGUGACACCUAUUUUGUAUAAAGUUUCUGACUCCGUCUUGGCUAUGUCUCGUACUUGCUAUGUGUUGGGAGAAACUUUGUGAAUGCACCAUUUUGAUUAUCAUGAAACACUGAUGGAAAAUGCCUCCAAACAUUUUUCUGUACUCAUACUUAGAUUCACAAUGGUUGUGUAUCUCUAUAAUGUGAAAUAUUUUUUUGUGGUGAAGAAAGGGGGCCAAGGAGGUAUGAGCCAUCAAACUGGAACAAAGGAUGACUAUAUGAUUAGGAGAAUUUGGGGUGGCAAGGGGGGGGAGGGAGGGUUUAUCAUCGCUUAACUUCAUCUUAAUGAAAUGAAACUUUGUAACUUAUUGUAGUUAGAAAUUGUAACUUUGAUAUUGAAUUCUCUUGCCUUCGACAAGCACACUGACAGAGAAAAAAAUGCUACUGUCUGUUGGUUAAAAUAUUCUCCCACUGCUAGAGCUUCCUGUUAAGCAAGCGUGACUGCAACAUUUUUUCCACUUUUGCUAGCACUGUAUACUAUUGCAUUCUUAGGCUACUGUGAGGUCCAUGUUUCUUGUACCAGAAAUUGUCCUUUUGACUUCUAGAUCCUUCUUCCCUAAUGUGUUUUGUAUGUGGUUAUAAAAUUGUAGACUUUUGUGAUUUUGCCAAAGUUGUAGCUAAAUAUUUAUACACUUGUCUUGAAUUUUUUUCAGAUCCACUUAAAUAUUUAGGAAAAAAACAAAGUUUUAUUCCUUAUGUGUCUUAUAAGGAAUAAAAUGGUCUCCAUUCAACACUUACUUUUCCAUGAACACUUGCAGUUGCUAAGGGACUUUAUUUUGUAACAUAUUGAUUAUAAAUAUUGUAUUUAUCUUUGAAAUUUUGUACAUUGCUUUUCCUGCCGUUUUCCUUUUCCUUGUCUGGACGGGUUUUUGGUCCUGGCCUGGUGUUUUGUGAUGCUGGGAAGAGCAUUAAGCCAAGAACUGUCUCUUUGAUCUGUUUUGUUAAAAUCCACCCAUGUCCUUUUGCAUUUCAUUUGUACUUCAAAAGUUUGCUAUUGUUUAGACUGCCCACCUUUUUUUUUUUUUGAGGAAAAGUUAAAUUCAUUGUUUAUUUUUAUAUUAUUUUUAAGUUAUCUGAACAAAUACUUUUGAGAAAAAAAGUUAGUUGUAUAGUCAAAACAAAAUGGUGCCACCGGCUGUGACAGAUCCUAGUAGAUUCCGUGCAUGUGGAACAGCCGCGAAGAGGCGACACCGUUUGGGGCUGUGUCCUUACUUUAUUUUAUUUUAUUUUUUUGUAGAAUGUAAAAAGUCAUUUUAGCUGCCACCCAUCACUUUGCCACAUAGCUGAACUGUGUUUACUGGAAAAAUUCAGAGGCCUAAAGUUUAAAAUAAAAUUUACUUCUGAUGUUUUAAUUAAAAUGUUUGCCACAUUAACUUCUCUGAUGCCUUAAAAGUGGACUUCUUUAAAGAACCUUUGUGCUAUUUUAUCACAGGCUUACACCACAAUUGUUAAUGUUUCCCUUGGAGAUGUGUGGUGUAAAACACACACACACACACACACACACAGAAGCACAAACCUGGUGUUCCAGGGGUCACUCCUUUCUGCAUGUGAUUCGGCUGCAUUCUGCACCCGCCCGCCUGCCUCACACUCAGGGAGGCUUCAGAGGAACCCAAAUCACCUCUGGCUUUUAAGUUUUCUCUGACUCUACCUUCUCGGUGGUCAGACCCUGCAGUGCUGUCUGCCUUCUCCUUCAUCCUGUGCCUGUUAGUGCCAAACCCUCUGUGAGAGCAGAAGGGUCUCCCUCUGCAUUCCAUGCUUUGCAGGUGCAGCACAGCCAACGUUUUGCAAACUGCAGCUGAAUUCAACUUCAAAGCGAAAAGGAGAGACUUUUAAAAACUGUCUUGGCAAAAAAAAAGAAAAAUCACAAAACAAUGCACAACAGAAAAGUGUUCAUUCAAGGGACUAAGUAAAAUAAUGUCCCCAGCAGUCAGUGGGUCCCACUCCGUCCCUAUGACGGCUGACAAAGGCUUAGCUACGUGGAAAAGCCUGAGAAGUCACUUUGGAACUAAAUUGCCUCCGUUUCAUUUUGUAUAAGUAAGGGUUUGCUCCGACAGUGAGCUCGUGUGUCCACGUUAAGAACAUCUGCGAGUCCUCCUACCCGCACUUGGUUUGUGGUUUAGGUUAAUUAGACAACGCCCUCAUCGCUUCAUCGUCUCAAAACUGAGCGCGUCACUAAAUGGUAGAUUUUACUGUUAAAGACCCUACAAUAAGAUUGUUUUAUCUGUACAUUUUUUCAGAUAUUUAACUGUAUAAAAAUGUUCAUUUUACACAAUAUUUAAUUAAAGUAUUUCUUGUCUGUGAA